UGUAUUGAUUUUUGUUUAUCUAACAUUUAUUUAUCAACAACAUCAAAUACGUGUUUGAUUUACAGAAUUGUAUCAAAAUAAAUUUAAUAAAAUAAUGGUUAAUGAAAAAAAGAAAAUAGCUACUGUUGUAGUUCUAGGAGAUAUUGGACGCAGUCCACGUAUGAGCUAUCAUGUUUCAAGCCUGUUGGAACAUGAAUUCUAUGUAAAUAUUGUCGGAUACUUAGAUUCUACUCCGAUUAAUGAAAUCAUAAAUAAUUCAGAAGUUAAUAUUGAAAAACUACGCCCUGUACCAGAAACGAGUUUAUCACCGGUUUUUACAUAUGUUUGGAAAACUUUUUGGAUGUUCAUAACUUUGAGCUGCAGUCUUUUUAAAUGUGUCGUAUUACGAAAAUCUCAUAUUCUAAUAUGUCAGAAUCCGCCGGGAGUACCUGCGUUAUUGGUAUGCUAUUUUAUGUGUCUCUUUGGAAGGACGCGAUUUAUUAUAGAUUUUCACAACUAUACGUACAGCAUUUUAUCACUAAAAAACGAGCCGGAAACAUUUUUUGUGAAAAUGGCAAAAUUUAUUGAGACCAGCAUAGGUCGUUUAUCAGACAUAAAUUUUUGUGUAUCAAAUGCUAUGAAAGAAGAUUUGGAGAAAAGAUUCAACAUAAAAGCUACAGUUUUAUAUGAUCGACCAUUUGUAAAUUUUAAACCAACUACCAUCCAAGAGAAGCAUGAACUAUUUUUGAAACUAGGUGAAAAAUACUCAGGACUAAUAGUCGACAAAAAAACAACACUUUUCACUGAAACAGUUGAAGAGAAUAUUAUCCGGUUGAAACUAGAUCGACCAGCUCUUCUUGUUUCGAGCACUAGUUGGACACCUGAUGAAGACUUUGGCAUCUUGCUCACAGCUUUGGAAAAAUAUGAACAAAAAGCGAAUAUAUUUACAGGUUAUCCAAAUCUUGUUUGUAUUAUAACAGGAAAGGGUCCACUAAAAGCAAAAUAUGAAAAUAUAAUAAUGAAAAAAGAUUUUCAAAAAGUUCAAAUAAUUUUACCCUGGUUGGAGAUUGACGAUUAUCCAAAAAUUCUUGGAUCUGCUGACUUAGGUGUUUGCUUACACUACAGUUCUAGUGGUUUGGAUUUGCCAAUGAAAGUAGUUGAUAUGUUCGGUUGUGGUUUAGCUGUUUGUGCUAUCGACUACCAAUGUUUAAACGAACUUGUUAGAGAUAAAGAAACUGGCUAUGUGUUUAAAGACGAGGAUGACUUAGCUGAGUUACUUUUGGAUCAUUUUCACAAUUACCCAAAAACAUCUGAAGUGAAUCAAACUAUUGAAAAGAACCUAAAAAAAUUUCAGGAACUUAAUUGGCAUAAAAAUUGGAAUGAAAUUGCAUGGCCAUUGAUAAAAACAUAAAUUUCAAAAACAUUUCUUUUUUUGUGUGAGUUUGAUAUAUAUAAAUAAAUAUUUGUCGCUCUUUUUGUGAUUUUUACACCAAAGUAAUGUACUUCUUUUUG